GUUCUGGCCCAGGAACUCGACGACCUGAAGCACCGUCGCGUGCAGAUGCGGGCAGACAAUCGUGCCUUGGCGCAGCAGGAGAAGAACCUCAAGAAGCGUCGGGCGGCGCGCCAGCCCAGUGACGAUGACCUUCUCGUCUUGUUGCGUCAGCCGCCAGGCGACCCUGCUCUAGAGUGA